AUGACCAGCAUAGCUAUGUCGGCAUUCAGAUCGUCCGCCAGGGCCUGCCGGACGAUUUCUAGGAAGACCCCAAGAUGUGCUCUGGUCCCUCCCCUUGCCAAAGACAAACUGGCGCUGUUCAAGAUGAAAGGUUUCUUCGAGGCCAAAGGGCAACCUCCUCCGGAUAGUAAAUCUUGCUUCGAAGGUGCCACACGCAAGGCACCUGAUUGUUGUCCUCUUCCUCCGUUGAUAGAGAAGAACAUUGUAGACGACUGCAGAGAGAAGUACAUCGAUCUGAAGAUAGUACCAGGAGCCAAGCGAAGGGAAGGAUCAUGCAUUGCGCAGUGUGUUUUUCACGACAUCAAAGCUUUCAAUGCAAGCAGUAAUACCCUGGACAAGGAGGCUGUGGAAAAAGUGAUUCUACAAACUGCUGGCAGCAACGAGGACAUCGGGUCAAUGUUGAGCAAAAUCAUCAGCGAUUGUCAUGGGCGGGUGACAAAGAAUCCCGUAUUUUUAAUACAACCAAUUUCGACAGUUCCCGGGAGAGCCGGUUGCAGUUUUCUACCGCAGGCACUGAUAAACUGUAUCAAAACCGAACUGUUUACGAAUUGUCCGUCCAGUCUUUGGUUCGGGGGACCAGAGUGUGAUAAGUUGAAACAGAAGCUUUCUGUGGGGUGUUCGUUCUCUUCCAUAGUUGGAUGAGAACGGGAGGGGGAAUUUAAAUUUGAAAUAUUUGAAAACGUG